AUGUCCCGCUCCCUCCUCGUCCUAGCUGUGGCGGCGAUCGCCCUGUCGGCGUGCCAGCUCGCCGCGGCCCGCGGCCUCAAACAGAGCAGCGCUGUCAGCGGCACCGGACUGCUCACGAUCACAGAGCUGAAGCUCCUCGAGGACCCGUCCGACCCGUUCCCGUUCGAGGGCGCAGAGGUGCGCGUGUCGUGCUACAGCGACACGGCCGCGCAGCAAGCUGUGCUCCAGGCGGACCUGGAGGAGGUGAACGAGGGCAACAAGCUGUACACGGGAGAGUGGCCGCUCGGGGCCUGGAACGCCACCGUCGGCAGCACGCUCUUCUGCCGCGUGGACGAGGUCGACGCCUUCAAGGACGACUACCUCGGCUCGACGCUGCUGCGGCUGUCGGACUUCACUGCAGAGAACGACGGGACAGUGGUGUACUUCCUGCACCGGCGCACCGACGCCACCGACGCCACGGGGGCGUUCCCGCGCACGGGGGCGUUCAAGGCUACCUGCCCCGGGUGUGUCGCGCUCGAGGUGCCGGAGAGCCCGGACUGGACGUCGGAGCUCGUUGCGUGGCCCUCCGCUGUGCGGGGGGAGUGCUUCAAUUCGGGCCCGAAGGCGCUCGACCUGCUGCGAGACGGCCUCUGCUGUCAGCUGCUGGAGGGCGCGACCGCGGAGAUGCUGGGCGACGGCGAGUGCGACAGCGGUCUGAACACAGGCUUCUGCCGCGCGGACCUGGGGGACUGUACUGAGUCAGGGGAGCCCCCCGCACUCAGCAUCCCCGCCGACGUCGCGAACGCCUAG